AUGUGGAGUAGAAAAACUUUUGGCAAUACAGCAAAGGAGAUCCGAAAGUGCCAACAACAAAUGAAGGAGUUGAUGGAAUUGGAGCCUACUCUGGAUGUGGUUGAGAGAAUGAAGGCUACCGAUGCCCGUAUGGAAGAACUAGAGCGUAGAGAGGAGGUCUACUGGCACCAACAUAGUAGACAGGAUUGGAUAGCAAGUGGCGACAAGAAUACCUCCUUCUUUCAUCAAAAGGCAAAACAAAGGGAGCAAAGGAACCGUGUGCAGUGUAUAAAAAACGAGGCUGGGACUAUUUUCGAAGAUGAAGAUGAGAUUGCAGACUGUUUUGCUGAUUACUUCGAUAAUCUUUUUCGCUCAAAUCUAGGUGGUGAGACAGACCCGGUGGUGAACUUGGUUGAAAAUAUGGUGAGUGAUGAUAUGGCUGCUAUGCUGGCAGCUCCUUUUAGGAGAGAUGAAGUCUUGUUUGCUCUUUCACAAAUGCACCCAAAUAAGGCUCCCGGGCCGGAUGGUAUGAAUGCGCUUUUUUACCAGUCUUUUUGGAAUAUUAUCGGGGAAGAUGUGAUUGAUAAAGUUCUGUUGUUUUUGAAUAAUAUAGAUGAUAUAGGUGCUGUAAACCAUACUCAUUUAGUUCUUAUUCCUAAAAAACAACAUUGUGAGUCCCCUGUAGAUUUUCGCCCAAUUAGUCUGUGUAAUGUCUUAUAUAAACUGGUGUCGAAAGUCCUUGCUAACAGAAUGAAAAAUGUUUUACCUGAUGUGAUCCAUGAGAGUCAAAGUAGUUUUGUGCCGGGAAGGUUAAUUACAGACAACGUUUUAGUGGCGUACGAGUGCUUUCAUUUUUUGAGGAAGAAAAAGACGGGCAAAAAAGGCUUUUUGGGGUUGAAAUUGGACAUGAGCAAAGCCUAUGAUAGAGUCGAAUGGAGAUUUUUAGAAAAGAUGAUGCUAAAGUUAGGCUUCCCUAGAGGCUAUGUCCAGCUGGUGAUGAAGUGUGUUUCCUCUGCUACAUUUUCUGUGUUGGUUAACGGUCAACCAUCGAGGAGGUUUACUCCAUCUAGGGGGCUCAGACAAGGAGAUCCUUUAUCUCCGUUUCUUUUUGUUCUGUGUGCUGAAGGCCUGUCUACUCUACUUAGAGAUGCGAAAAAAAAGAAGUUAAUUCAUGGUGUAAAAAUUGGGAGAAGAGUGAGUCCUAUAUCUCAUUUAUUUUUUGCAGAUGACAGCUUAUUGUUUAUUCGAGCAACUGAAGAAGAGGUGGAUAAUGUACUUGAUGUACUUUCAAUCUAUGAAGCUGCUUCUGGGCAGAAACUGAAUAUGGAAAAAUCGGAGAUGUCUUAUAGCCGAAAUCUUGAGCUGGAGAAGAUUAAUACGCUUCAGAUGAAGUUAGCUUUUAAGGCAGUAGAGGGACAUGAUAAGUACUUGGGUCUUCCUACCUAUAUAGGAAGUUCAAAGAAACGAGUUUUCCAAGCUAUUCAGGAUCGUGUCUGGAAGAAGUUGAAAGGAUGGAAAGGUAAAUACUUAUCGCAAGCUGGUAGGGAGGUGUUACUAAAAGCUGUAGCCCAGGCAAUUCCAACGUAUGCAAUGCAAUGUUUUCGUAUUCCGAAAAGUAUUCUUGAUGGUAUAGAGAAAAUGUGUCGAAGCUUCUUUUGGGGGCAGCAAAAUAACGAAAAGAAGAUGGCUUGGGUGGCUUGGGAGAAAAUGUUUUUACCCAAAAAAGAGGGAGGUCUUGGCAUUCGGAAUUUUGAGGUAUUUAAUCGGGCUCUUCUCGCCAAGCAGGCAUGGCGCCUCCUGUCAAUGCCGGAGUCUCUAAUGGCUCGAGUCCUUAAAGGUAAAUAUUUCCCUUCGAGAAAUUUACUUGAUGCCACUAUUAAUUCUAGCGCCAGCUUUACAUGGAGAUCUAUAUGCUCUGCAAAGACGUUUUGCUAA